UUAAACCAUUGAACCUUUAUUAGAAAGUCAUAUAUAAAAAGUAAGGUACGUAUAGGUACAUUUCAUUGCGUGUAUUUGUAAACGUCUACAAUAUCUCCAAUUGCAUACUUCUUAUUACUGGAAUAUAUUCCAUAAGCGAGUACAUUGCACAAUAACAUUUCCUGAAUUAUUGAAAACAAUUACUCGUCAUUAUAUGAUUUGACCUUAGUCCGAGAGUUUUAUUAUUCUUCUCUCAUUUUAUUUCUUUAGAAAACAGAAAUUGAACAGUAAGAACACAAUUUAAUUCCAUUCGUUUAGAAUACUUAAUGUGCAAUUACCGUUGUCCUGUCGCGCGUUUAAUGAUUUCCACGAUUGCUGUGAAACGCGAUGAGCAUCUGUUGCGGUGCAGAAUUAUUUCCGAGAAGAUAAAUCGUAAAAAACUAAUGCAUGAAAAAUUAUUCUUUUCUUUCCGUAAUUUUAUCUAUACGUCUCUGUUACUUCAGGAUCAAAGCACACGUUUUGCUUCCGAUGUAGACUGUUAGUGAAAGCAUAGGAUAUUUAUUCAAAUAAUGAGUUCUGUCUCGACUGACCAUUAUACUACGCAAAGUAUAAUAGCGAUUGAUCCAUGCUCACCUGAGUGGGGAUGCACUGUGUGGGGAUGAACUGUGUGGGGAGGAUCGGAUCAUGCAAUUUUAUUUCUUUCUGAACUAGAGUACCGAACAAAUGUGACGAGGCUAAUUUCUAUUUUUGAAUACUUUCUAAAUUAUUUGCAAAUGGUGAUCACGAGUACCGUUAGCCCGACGCUGAAAAUGGGUCUUCAAUUUGUUGGCAUGUGGCCGGAUGUACCGUAUUCUACUAUUUAUUGGUUGAGUUUUAUGUCCAGCAUGCUGAUUAUACAGUGCUUCCAGUAUUUGUAUAUUUGUGACCAUUUUAAGAUGAGCGAGCUUUCGAAUCUUGUCGAUAGCUUGCCUUUGACUUUGGAUUACAGUUUGACUUUACUUAAAUAUACCAGUUUGUGGAUGUAUCGUCGAGUCUUUCAUGAAAUCCUUGCUACUAUAGAUAAUGACUGGCGCGAGUGCAUCAAUAUACACCAGCAUUUGCAUGUGAUGACAAUCAAAGCUAAUAUGUCGCACUCCAUUACUAAUGCUAUGUUUAGCUUUAAUGCAAUCGCCGCCGCAUUGUACUUCUUAGGCGACUACGUAGUUCGUUCCGUAUUCCUAACUGCAGAUUACAAUGACACUUUAAGGCAGCUUCCUAUAAAAAUACAAUUGCCUUUUGAUAGUCAACAGUCGCCGAUGUUUGAGUUUCUUGUUGUAACGUUAUUUUUACAUAUAAUGUUACACACAUUCACAGUAUCUAUUUUUAAUGGGCUAAUUUUUACUUUGGUGCUACAUGUAAGCGGACAAAUUGAUAUAAUAUGUCAAGAGUUCAGAAAUAUUUCCAGGAAUACUUUUCUAUGUUCCCUACCUUCAUUUGGAAUACUAGUCGAGAGGCAUAACAGAAUUAUUUUAUUUUCCGAAAAUAUGGAAAAGCUCUUCUCCUUUAUCGCGUUAAUGCAAGUUGUUUGGAAUACAUUAGUUAUUUGUUGCUUAGGAUUUAUCGUCAUAAUUUCUAUCCAUAAUGAAGCUGAUACAUUUGUAUUCGUGAAAACUGUGUUUGGUUACUGUGUCAUAUUUAUUGACGUCUUUGUCAUUUGCUUUGCCGGAGAACAUCUUAGUUUUAAGAGCAAAUUAAUUGCAAAUGCAACGUAUGAAACGCUGUGGUACAAUAUGCCAUCAAAUGCGGGUAAAAUUAUAAUAUUUAUAUUAAUGAGAUCUCAGAAGCAACUGACGAUUACGGCAGGAAACAUGAUGGAUAUGUCAUUUGAAUCUUUUACAAAUAUCAUGAAAGCAUCAGUGUCUUAUAUAUCCGUCUUAAAUGCUAUAUAUUGACACAACAAACGCAAGUAUUUUCUGAAGUUAUAACAUAAUUAAUAUAAAGUAAAU